AUGUGCCUGUCAGUAGAGGUUUGCUGUUUCUGUGCAAACCUUGAGGUUGGAACCAAAAUCGUUGCAGUAUUAAAUUUGGUGCUGUCAACAUUGAUUGCGUUGGUAUACGGCACAGCCACUGUGACACUGUCUUACCUGCCACCAUCUAGACAGAUGUUCUACGCCCUGGUUUCCGUCGCUGCAGUCAGCCAAUUGGUGCUAACCUGUGUCAUGACAUACGGAGCGUUUAGGAGAAAGCCAAAAUUGCUUUGGCCCUGGGAGGUGAUGGCGUGGGUCUUGAGUGUAAUUCUUGUAGCAAUGGCAAUCCUGGGCGCGGCGGUCGUAACACUCACCAUAGAUCAGGGUACCGCCUCGGAAAUCAGUAUAAUGAUCUCCGUGUACUUCAUAUAUGCAGUCAUAUUGUAUUAUUCCGCAUGUGUGGUGGACAGUAGAAGAUUGGAGAUGGUGCAGAGCGAACAGAGUGAGGCUAACGUACAGCUGAUGAAACAAAGACACGUCCCAAAAAGCCUACUAGAUUACGAAGACGUAGUUUAG